CGCGGCGGCAAGCGGGCGGAAGACACGUGAUACGCCAAGGGCAUUUUUGCUAUCCACUUUUCUACAGUCCAGUCCGUCCGUCGGUUUGUUGUGCGGUAGUCGUGACGGUGGUUGGCUUUAACAAGCUCAAGCAGUGUGUUAGCGUUUAGCCUCCUUGCUUGUUUUUGUCACCGCGCCUGUUGCGAUGAAUGCAAUGCAGGACGGAUGGUUUACUGAAACGAACUGUGGGAACGGUAAUCCUGUGCUCUCUUUGGACGUCGACCAAGUCCUACAUCAUGAGCGGUCCAAGUACCAAGAUAUCCUGGUGUUCCGCAGCAAAUCGUUUGGAAAAGUACUGGUGCUGGACGACGCCAUCCAGUGUACAGAAAGGGACGAGUUCUCCUACCAGGAAAUGAUCUCCUUCCUCCCUCUCAAUUCUCACACCGAACCCAGAGACGUCCUCAUUAUUGGUGGUGGUGAUGGCGGAGUGGCACGUGAAGUGGUGAAGCAUCCGUCUGUUCAAAGGGUUACGCAAUGCGAGAUAGACGAGAAAGUUGUGGAAGUAUCAAAGAAAUUCCUACCUUUUAUGGCAGAAGGCUUCGAUAGUCCGAAGGUAACGCUUCACAUCGGCGAUGGUCUGCAGUUCAUCAAAGACACUGACCAGAAAUUUGACGUCAUAAUCACAGACUCCUCAGAUCCAAUUGGUCCCGCAGUGGCCCUUUUUCAGAAACAGUACUACGAAGGCUUGAAAAGGAUACUGAAGCCAGGAGGCAUUGUCUGUUCUCAAGGAGAGUCCAUUUGGUACGACUUGAGUUUGAUCCAGGAAAUGGUGCGCAUGUGCAGGGAUAUUUUUCCAGUAGUGGAUUACGCGUCAAUCUACACACCCACGUAUCCUAGUGGCCAGAUAGGAUUCCUUCUCUGCAGCUCCACACCAGACGCAGACUUCCGAAACCCAGUCCAUAGGCUUUCCGAGGAACAACUGAAGAGUAUGAAGAUUCGGUACUACUCACCUGAAAUGCACCAAGCUGCCUUUGUACUACCACGGUUUGCUACUCAGAGUUUGAAUGAAGCAUAGAAGACUACAAAAUUGUUGAUUGAAAGCCAGUAAACAACUUGAAUUACGGGAA